UUACCCUGAGCAGCUUGCAGCAGCGCUUCAGUGGUGAAGUUUGGAGAGGAAAACUCACUUCGUAAACAGUUGAGAAGCUCUCCAAACAUAAAACUGACACAGGCCACAACCAGGCAGCCGCUAUGGACGACUUAGACGCGUUGCUGGCAGACCUGGAAUCCACUACGUCCCACAUCGCAAAGCGACCUGUGUUCUUUCCUGAGGAGACCCCGUACUCCAUCCCCACCGGAGGACACUCCUACCAGGAUGUGUCAGUUCCACCUCCAGUCCCUCCUCCACCCUCAGCCGAGGCUCUGAACGGGUCCCUGAUCGAUCAGCCGGACUCCCACCACUCCUCUCAGCAGUCGUUAGGUUCAGCCCAGAAGAGCUCCUGGUCCAGGGACAGUAGCAGCCCUUCGUUGUCUCACGUUGAAGAGGACCACGUCUACAGUUUUCCAAAUAAACAAAAGUCAUCAGACUCGUCGACAGCAGCCAUGACCUCUGCCAUGGGCAGCAACCUCUCAGAGCUCGACAGGCUGCUGCUGGAACUCAACGCAGUGCAACAGAGCUCCCCUUCAUUCCCCACGACAGAGGAGGCAGCUCCACCUUUACCAUCCUGCAGCAUCACCCACUACGAGAACGGCAGCGCCCCUGACAUCACGGUGAGCCCUUCUCCUCAGGAGAAACCCAAGAGGAACGGGACAAGGCUGGAUGAGGCCCGACCCAGCAUGGAGAGUCUGCUGGACGAGCUGGAGGGCUCAGUGCCUUCACCCAGCUCCUGUGAUCGCCACAAUGAUUUGGACACACCCUCUCAGCAGCAGGCCAGAAUUUCAGCCUCCUGUGCCACAAGAGAGCUAGACGAGCUAAUGGCCUCUCUGUCUGACUUUAAGCCCAGUUCUUUGGGCUCUCUGCUGGAUCCAGGAAGAGCUUCUUCCAGCUCUCCUCAUCCUCCAGUCUCUUCCUCCUUCACCCCAGUGGCUUCUCCUAUCCUUAGUCUGUCCCACCCGUCUGCCUGUACCUCUCCUCUUUUCUCUUCGCCUGCUGGUCUAGAGCUUCACAUAGACGAGGAUGGAGGAGACGGUGGCAUGUCGAUGCACCGUUUCUGUCCCCACAGUCCUAUAUCCUCACUUUCUGCAGCCAGUGACUUGGAAUUGGACUCUGUCAUAGAUGUCUCUGCCACCAUGCUGUCAUCCCAAACCAAGUCUCUGCUAGUCCUCUCUCAGGCUGCUUCCUCUAACUCCAACCUCAUGAGAAAUAGCCCAAGUCCUUCCUAUACCACCACCACCCCCUCCCUAACCUCAGUUAACACCGUCCUGGACCACAAGUCUCCUAGUCCAUCUGUAGAGCGGGUCUCACCCUCAAAUACUGUUGGUAAAUUCCCUUGUGCUCCUGAGCCUACGAGCAAGGGGUCUGCUUCUUUUCAAGACCUCAUUUUAAAUUUCUCCACUCCACCUACUUUUAAAAACCUCACCCCUCCUCUCUCAGCUCCAGAGACUCCUUCACCCAUCCCUGUCGCUGCACAUGCUUCCUCCAAAACAUCCUCACCAUCUCCAGUUUCUUCAUUGUCGGCCCAACCUCCACCGGCGUUCACCAGCCCCAGCAGGCAGCUGUUGGAGUCAGCGCCCCCAGCACAGAGAGCCAACCCCUACACUGUACAGCAACCCCUGAUGGUGGAGCCCUCCCUGAACGAGGCCUUGGACAAGCUGCUAGCCAUGAGUUUUGCACAGAAUCACUCAGCAGCACAUGUGGAGGAGCUGAAGAUGGAGGCGCAGUGUCUCGGCAGAGGAAUGCAGGAGGUGCACGAGGAGCUCAUCCUGCCCAUGGACAGAAACAGCGUGCAGCCUGAGACUUACACCAGCGCCACCAACACCAUCACAGACGGCUCAGUGGACGGAGGUACUGACGGGAAUGGAGAUCUGGACUGGGCUGAUGAGGAGCUUUCCAUGUCCUUCCACGAUGGACUGGAUGGCACCAUGACGCCUUACACCGAGAGGCCGUACACAGAUGGCAGCAUGACACCGCUGACGGAGGCCAGCUGGAUGGAUGAGUCCAUGACCCCGUCUUCAUGCCCCGGGACGCCUGACGUUGCCCUGGACCUGCCCCUGCUGCAGACUCCCAAUAUGGACCGAGUCUCUGCUUCCGGACAUAUAAAAUCAGUGAUUAGGCGCACUAAGGAGACUCCCAACGUGCACCCCAUGUUCCGAGAUGGUCAUCUGCGCAGGAAGAUGGGACCCAUCAUUGUAAACAAGAGCACUUCUCAGGACCGCCUCAUAGAGGAGCUUCAGGGCAAGUUUGGGAUCGGCCGCUCAGAGCGCCGACGCAAACAGUCCGACGAAUGGCUGACCGAGGGGGUCGUCAUCACCUCCAAACCCCAGCGUUUCCGUCCCGAUGGGGCCGGCGGCGAGGUCGACAAGAUCAUAAUUCCCCCAGAGUCGCCUGUCCCUGUGAGGAAGGUGCUCCCUCCUCUCUCUCCCCCCGCCCCUCGUCGCCCUCCUAUCGUAGAAGAACCUAAGCGACUACUCCCAGCACAGCAGCACGCUAUCCCUAUACCUCCACCUCUCCCUCCACCUCCCCCUCCACAACCUCUUAAAAUCCACGAACGAGUUCCCGCUGCACUUCGGCAGUUUAUAAAAGCCACACCUCCACCUGCCCUAAUUCGGGAACCUCCCGCUCCCAAACGAGAGCCCUCUCCUCCUGUUUUUAAAACCCCAACCUACCCUCCACCAGUGGCACCAAUUCCACCCAAAGUCCUGGUGUCAGUAGGCUGCCAAACUGAGUAUGACCCCAUCUUCCCUCCAAUGCAGAUGAUGGCCCAAGGGAAGGGCGGUGUUCCCGGGGGGCCUCCGACACAGGUCAACAAGUUGGACAACAUGCUCGGCAGCCUGCAGUCGGACCUCAACAAACUGGGCGUGCAGACGGUCGCUAAAGGAGUCUGUGGAGCCUGCUGCAAGCCAAUUGUGGGACAGGUGGUGACUGCCAUGGGCCGCACAUGGCACCCUGAACACUUUGUGUGCACACACUGCCAAGAGGAGAUCGGCUCCAGGAACUUCUUUGAGCGAGAAGGACAGCCGUACUGCGAGACAGAUUACCACAACUUGUUCUCCCCGCGGUGCCACUACUGCAACGGGCCCAUACUGGACAAAGUUGUGACGGCGCUGGAUAGGACAUGGCAUCCUGAACACUUCUUCUGCGCUCAGUGCGGAUCCUUCUUUGGCCCCGAGGGCUUUCAUGAAAAGGAUGGAAAAGCUUUUUGCAGGAAGGAUUACUUUGACAUGUUUGCCCCAAAAUGCGGCGGCUGUGCCAGAGCCAUUCUGGAGAACUACAUCUCUGCGCUGAGCAGCCUUUGGCAUCCGGAGUGUUUUGUUUGCAGGGAGUGCUUCACCCCGUUUGUGAAUGGAAGUUUCUUCGAGCACGAUGGUCAGCCCUACUGUGAAGUGCACUACCACGAGCGCCGCGGCUCCCUCUGCUCCGGCUGCCAGAAGCCCAUCACGGGACGCUGCAUCACCGCUAUGGCCAAGAAGUUUCACCCGGAGCACUUCGUCUGCGCCUUCUGCCUGAAACAACUCAACAAAGGCACCUUCAAAGAACAAAACGACAAACCCUACUGCCACGGCUGCUUCAUCAAGCUGUUCAGUUAGAGUUUCACAGUUACGGGUCAGGGCUGAGAUCAGCGUGUAACGCCUCUUCAGCACAGGUAGGGUGGGAUUAACUGUGUUUCUAUCAAAGAAGCUUGUCUGUGUCCUGAUGGUGACAUUGGAAGUGUGUAUGGGUUCGGUAUGUGCAUGUCGUUGAAGCAGCAAACUGUCUCGACUAAAAUACUUUUAAAACGUCCCUAUUUUCAGAGCGACGGCGAUGCAGUAGGUUUUGAGUGGGUCCGUAAGUGCGACACAGAUAUACUCGAAGAAAGGUGACGUCACAAGAGGUUUUAAAAUCCACACUGAUAUGCACAAGACUACGGUUCUCGUCUUUGAUCCCCUGAAAUGUGUUGAGCUGCCUGUUGUUCUCUUUUCAAACCUUUUUAGUUUGUAUCUCGUUAGAUGGUGAAAUCUUACUGAACACUGUAGAAAUCCAUGAAACACUCGCUGCAUGUUCGACAUCGUUGCUCACUGGUUGAGCGUGUCAUGUUAGAAACCGUAGGAAAAAGAAAUCUGAAAACUAGCAGGGAGCUGUUGUUUUUUAACAUUACAAUAUAAACUGUCACAGCAGAGGAGGGUAGAAGGCUUUCCCCCCCCCCCAACAUGGUAUCAAGUUGGACAGAUAUCACUGUAGCAUUGACUGGAAAUGGGCUGCGUCAGCAUGCAGUUAUUUUGUAUGUGUGCGAUGGAUUGUAGUGUUUUUACACUUUUACAGAUGCAAACAGCGUCUUUCACACUUUUAGAUUCGAUUCUAGAGCUGCAACGAUUCGUCAACAGGAAAAUAAUCAACAACUAUUUUGAUAAUUGUUAAAGUAAUUUUUCAUGUUUUUAGAUUUCCUGCUUUUCUCUGUUUUAUAUCAUAUUAAACUGAAUAUC